AUGUCUAACCGCGUCCUGCUUGAUGUCUCCCAGGGCAUUGCUACUAUCACCUUUAACUCCCCCAAGACACUAAACGCCAUCACCCGGGAGGACUACGAUGCAUUCGCUGUCGCUCUACGAGAUGUAGAUAAGCGGGACGACGUCCUUGUGACCGUCUGGCAAGCAAACGGAAGAUGGUUCUCCGCCGGGACCAGUGUCACAGAUAGGAUGACGGUCAAGACGACGCGCGAGGCCUUCACGAAAGGCAUAGUCCCUGUCAAUACAGAUGUCAGCAAUGCGUUGUACACUCACAGCAAGAUUUUGGUGGCUGCUCUGAACGGCCCUGUAAUGGGAAUCUCAGCAGCGUUCUUGGGACACUUUGACUUCAUAUACGCGUUACCUAACGCAUGGCUCUCGGUACCCUUUACUUUCCUCGGGAUCAUCGCCGAGGCAGGUUCCAGUGUGACGUUCCGUAACAGAAUGGGUGCCGCCAAGGCGAACGAGGUGCUCAUCUGGGGCAAGAAGAAGGACGCACAGGAGCUGCUCGAUUGUGGCUUUAUCAACAAAAUCUUUCCUGAGCAGCCGGUCCCGGAGUUCCAUGCCGCAGUCCGCCAGCUCGUUCUUGCGGACAUGGACGGCUUGGAGCCCACCGCGCUCCUGGGCGUGAAGAGGCUCGUGAAGGCCGGGCUGAACGACCAGCAUAGCUUCGACGCGGUGAACAUGCGCGAGAGCUACGCGCAGGCGGAGCGGUUCGCGUCGGGCGUCCCUAGCGCGCGGUUUGAGAGGAUCGCGCGGAAGGAGCUGAGGCACAAGCUGUGAGCGCGACCGAGCCCCAGCGUCGGCCCAUGUUACAGCAGAUCUCGAUCAUGUAUCUCGCCCCCUCUUCCGUCGCUCGAUCGCGAUGAGGAUGGGUGUAUGUAUAACAGGCUGUGUUUGUCCGGAGCAUAUAAGCUCCCGCUGUCCGCGCACUGCAGAUUAUUUUGCAGACAACUGUACAGGUCCCCGAAUUCAUAUUUCUUGUAUUUCU